UUAGCCUUUGCUCUACGCCUCGCUUUCUUCUUCCCAUUAAGUUUUUGUGUGGUUAGUUCUUGCACAGCAGUUCAGCAAGAAAGUAGAGAAAUAUGGCUGCCGAACAGCGGAAAUUGCUCGAGCAACUGAUGGGCGCAGACGCCCUCGUCGGCCGCCCGUCGAAACGACAAGAAACUCCCAUCACCGACUCCCGCGUCUGCAAAUCCUACCUCGUCGGCACCUGCCCACACGACCUCUUCACAAACACAAAAACAGACCUGGGCCCUUGUCCGCGAAUCCACUCGGAAGCACACAAGGCUGAGUUCCAGCGGGAAAAAGAACGGCUGGAAAACGGCGGAGGAAACGAUGGCAGGCUGACGAUGCGCGAUCUGGCGAAUUUCGAGAUGGAUUAUUAUCGGGAUUUGGAGAAAUACGUGACGGAUUGUAAUCGGAGGAUUGACGUCGCUCAGCGAAGACUGGAGCGGACGCCGGACGAAAUCGCACAGACAACCACUAUCCUAAAAGCAAUCGACGAAAUCAACGAAUCAAUAGACGCCUCCAUCUUCGAACUCCAAGUCCUAGGCGACCUCGCGCUGAUCCCGCGGGCUCUACAAGAAUACAACGCCAUCAAAUCCAAGCGUCUCGAGCGCGAGUCCAAAGAGCGCGAACUGCGAAAUCUAAACGACAACAUCGGACCUUCGGGUCACCAAAAGCUGCAGGUCUGCGACGUCUGCGGCGCGUAUCUGUCAAAGCUCGAUAACGACCGGCGGCUCGCGGAUCACUUUGGCGGGAAAAUGCAUCUGGGAUAUGCCACCAUGCGCGCGCUGCAUAAAGAGCUUCAGGAAAAGAUCUCGGCGAGGGGGCCGAUACCAACUGGGCCUUCGGGCGGUGGACCUAGAGGAGGUAGAGAUUAUUCUGAUGGAUAUCGAGGGGGUUCGGACAGGAGAGGGCCUAGAGAAGAUCGAUGGGGAAAAGGCGGUGGCCGUCGCGGGCGCUACUGACGAGCGAAGUAUGAAUAUGUACAAUAUGUCUUAUAUAGGAGU